AUGGGCGAUGUGUCUGGAGUACAGGGCGUUGUUGCUCCGGCGUUGGUGGACGAGUUGCUUCAUCACUCAGACUCCGAAACCGCGGCGUCGCGCAGUGACUCCGUCGCGUGCCUGAUUUGCCUCAUCAUCUUGGACCCCGGAGGCGAAGCCUUCCCAGCCUUGCCCUGUGUGGCCUUCUCCGCCACGGGCAUCGUCGCAGCCUCCCAGAGCUUCUUAGACUUGGCAGGCGAAAACCUGGAAGAAGUCUUGGGCGCAGAUUUGCGGCGAGCGCCAUUGCAUUGGCUGCUGCCCAAGAUGAAUAAGAUCUUGAACCAGGAGGCGUUGGUGCCCCUGGAGAAGCUCCACAAGAAUAGCUUUGCAGGACUCAGUCGCACGACUCGGGUCCGGCGCGAGGAUGCACUUGGUGAGGAAGAUGAGGUUCAAAGCAGUACCGAGAAUGAACGGCAGCCGGUGACCGUUUGCUUACUCUUGAGCCCUGGGCGAGAAGGAAAGGUCUUUUGGAACUUGGUGCAUGCCUUCAAGAUGGAAGUCAAGAAGGAGGUUUUGGCCGUGCAUGUGCUCAUGCCCAUUGCUGCAGAGGUCCCUAGCAUCUUCUGGCAGCUUCAGCAACCUGCGGAGGGCUUUGCUGCCUACCACGGCCCGAUCCCGGAGCUCUCACCCUACUUGGACGUCAUUUUGCAACGCUUGAGGAGCAAGUUGGGCAAGCUCCAGCUUCAAGAAGCGCGCCAGGUGAGCGGCGUCGAGGAGACGCGACGCAGACGGGAACGGAUCCCCCACGCGACCGGCUCUGGACGAGUGGUCGUCGUCGUUGUCUUCGGUCUCCCAACCUUAAUACCCCACCCCAUCUCCGGACGCCCACCAUUCGCGCGACCCGCGCGCCGCGCCACAGUCUCCCUCUGCAGCGACCUGCCGGACCUGGACGAGCUUUGGGCCGCGGGCGCUGCACCGGGCCUGCGCUGCCGAGCGCUGGAGGCUGUGGAAGUGCGUUGCAGGGACUUGGCAAGGGCCCUGAGCGACGUGUUCUCAGGCAUUCACUUUGUACCACGCUUCGGAGCUGCCAUGGCGCUUCCGUACGAGCUUUACUCCUUCUGGGAGGAAGUCUUGGCCAACGAGAGCCAAGCACUCAUGAGUCACUGGAAGUAUGGCAAGAAAGGCGACAAGAAUCAUCGCCGAGAGCUCUUCAACAUUGAGCCCUACAUGAUUCUGGACCCAGAUGAAAUGGAUUGCACCAUCGCCUACAUGUCGCAAGGCUUGGAGGACCUCUUUGGCUACUGGCGCGCCUGGGCACUCGGGCGACACUUCCGCUUCCUGUUAUUGCAAGAUGCACUUUGGAACCGUGUGUUCAACGGGCAGGAACCCGGACGCAUCGAAGAGUUCUGUUACAACCAGGGCCAGAAAGACCAGGGCGCGAUGGAUUCUGCCAGCCACAUGCUGAGCCUGCUCCGUCUCUACAGUGUGAAGACCAAGCAGCCCAUUUGGUGCUGCAUUUACCUGCGGCACGUCUGGUUGCAGGACCCCACGGUCUUUGAAAACCAAUACGACUUCAGCGCCAAGCACUUCGUUCUGGCGGUUGUUUUGCCAUUGUACACGCAGAUGCCAGCCUUGCAUGAUCUCCUUACUACCAAUGAUCCAGAGGCGAACCUGCGUUUGACCAUCUCACUUCGAAAGCUCCUGCUCGAGAGGACGCAAAAUGUGGAGUUGUCCGAGAAGGAGGCCAAUGCCAUCGUGGACUCGGUCAUCCCAGCUUGGCUCUUGGACAGUGGUCGUGGAGCUCCCAGCUGUAUGGUGGGUCAACAUUUUGUGCCACGUGUGGGCUUGGCACCCGUGCGCGACUUUCAGGGUCUUUGGCCGCAUCUCGUGAGGUUGCUCUUCCGCCUGAAGAAUCCGCCACGUGAAGAGAUGAUGCGCCCCACACUGCUUGACCAGGAGGAGGGCCUCGCCUGCUGGGUGGCGGAUGUGAGGUCCAGAGAUUUGCCACUGGUCUUUUUGAGUCAUGCACUGCAGAAGCUCACGGGCUUUCUGGCGGACUUCGCACUCGCCAGGACCGGAAAUAACCCGGGUCUCCAGCCCAAGAAGCAGCGCAUUGAUCAAGCGAUCAACAAUGAAGAGCAGAUGCGCUUGCAAGAGUUCAGCACACAGAACAGGAGUCACGGAGAUGUCAUGGCCUCGUUACUUCUCCUAGAAUGCCAGAGCGGCAAGCGCUUCUUUGCCGUGCAGCAGACGUUCUAUUUGAAGGAGCCACGGACGGACCGGGCCUACUUGCUCUCAGUCCUCCACCUCAUCGAGCUCUCCAUGCCGGCGGUACUGAAGUCGCACCAGAUCACCGAGCUCAACGAAGAUGAGAUGGGCAUGGCGCUAGAUGAGUGGGGCGUGUUUCUGGUUCAGGAGCGCGAGGACUCUGUUGGCAAACCAUUGAUGCUCUCAGAUCCGCUGAAGGCGUGCGAGUACUAUUCCGCGCACUUUGCCGCCUUCCUUCGGACCGGCGAGGACUAUGUCGGCGACCUCUUUGUACCAAAGAUAGGACUGGUAGAAGUGCAUGCCUUCAAAGGGGUCUUAGAGAGUCUCUUGGAGGUGCUGCGCAGCGACCUGCAGAGGGUCCUGCAGGAUGACCAGGCAGAGGGCAAGAUGGACCAAGUGAUUAUGACCGUGGUGGAUCCAGAGGGCGAGGACUAUCCAUUGGUUUGGAUCUCUCCGGGCUUUGAGGACUACACGGGCUUUCAGCGUGAAUGGGUCUUGGGCCGAAACUGUCGCUUCUUGCAGCCCAAAGACUUCGAGCGGAAUCAACAGUUCAAUGGGGAUCAACUGGAGCACCUGCGUGUCUUUUGCGCGCAAGCCAGGAAGUUUUCGAUGCCUUCCGCCAGCAACACGUUCGCGCUGUUGCUCAACGAACGGAGGAAUGGAUCUCCGUUUUGGAAUCUGAGCAGCUUCCAUCAUCUUGAGGUGAACGAGAAGCGCUACAUUGUCUCGGUGAUGCUACCCUUCAGAGAGGAUGUCAACGAGUUUAUCGGGCUCCUUGAGGAAGUGCUUGACGACCCAAAUCAGAGGAGACCUGUACUACUGCGCUUGGAGUUGUUCAGGACCAGUCUGGAGGAAAUCCUGCAGUACACAAGGUCGCUUUGCAGGUUCUUUGCUGUUGACUGUGACCCAGAGUAG